UCUACUACGAAUCAUAACGCAAAAAAAUUUCUACAGAAUGGCGGACUCAGAACUGGAAGCGAUUCGAGCGAGACGAAUGGCUGAGCUACAACAACAGCAGGGCAAAGGGGGAGGAGGGGGUGAAGCUGAUCAGAGAGCCAAGGAGCAAGAGAUGAAAAAUGUCAUACUUGGUCAGGUGUUAGAGCAAGGAGCGAGGACAAGAUUAAACACAAUAGCUGUAGCCAAGCCAGAAAAAGCCCAAAUGAUAGAAAAUUUAAUUAUUCAAAUGGCAAGGUCUGGUCAGUUGCAGGGUCAAAAGCUGUCUGAAGAACGGCUCAAAGAUUUGUUGGAGCAAGUGAGUAAUUCAACACAGAAGAAGACAACUGUCAAGUUUGAUCGUCGUAGAGCACACAUGGAUGAUUCUGACGAGGAUUACUAGCCCCUGGUGUGAUACUGUAACUUGUGUGCCUCUGUCCUGGGAGUGAUGCCAUGGUGUCUGAACACAAGCACCUGAAUACAAGUUUUGGCUUGCUAGUGUUGCAUGGGAACAUUUGUAGCACCGCCUGCAUGGUUUUUGUUUGUAAAAUAAUUUUAGCCCUUUGUUUUAGAGGGAAAAAUUCUUUACUAGAAAAAAAAAUCAUAGCAUAUUGCUAUGAAUUACUUCCUUCUUUUUUAUAGUUGUUUUCUUUAAAGUGUUUUUUUUUUUUACAUAUUUGUUUAUGCCUAAAAAAUUCUUUUUAAAAAUUCUUUUUUUCUGAGGGUCCUAUUUUUAACUUAGUUUGAACUGUAAGACAUAAACAUGAACCACACUAAAUUUAAUAUAAAGCUUGUAAUUACAAAACAGUAUUUAAACAGUUUUGUUUGGUACAAAAGCUAAAGUUAUUGAUAAUGCAUUACAGAACAAUGAUGUUUGUUUGCAAUCAAUGGUGGUUGAAGAUGUAGAUUUGUCCCCUGGUCAAAUGGUUUAGGUUAUAAUAACAUUUGUUCUCACAUGUAAAUUUUCAUAAUCUUGUCAGGUAUAAAAUUCAUCGGUCAAGUAACUUAAGUGUUUAUCGCAUAAGCACGGUAACUGUUUUGCUUAUGGUAUAAGUACAGUAACUAUGUUGCUAAUG